UAUGGACAAAAGCUGAAGAUGACCAAGCAGAUUAAUCCUGGUAGCGUGAAGGAAUGCACACAGUGGCAUUCGUUCAUGCUACCAGGAUUAAUCUCCAACCCAUUGCAUCCGACGAAAUGGUUGUUGUUAUGAAAGCUCAUGCAGUUUUUAUGCUUCUCUCUUCUCCAGUUAGUCUGUGAAGUGCCACCCCCGUUUGCAAAUGCAUGAAAGGGUACAGAAAGAACAGAAUAAAUGCAUGAAAAAAAGGACAAUGUCAUUUCUGCAUACACUUUGACUCCAUGACAAAAGAUAGUGUGCACCCGACCCCGGUUCCUUCAGGUUCAGUCAAAGGGUACAAGUUGUGAAUUAUGGAAUCACCUAAUCCACUUAUACAUGGUAGGAGGAAAUAACCUUGACGGUCGUCAUCUUUGCUGGCUAUAGCUUCAAAUAAGUCGACAGGGAAUAACAGAACAAAUUCAGCCAAAAAAAGUACAUUCACCUGUUUGCUUGCGACCCUUCAAGUCUGCAUUAAUACCUGCACCACAGAUGUGAAUUUCUCUACCUGUUCUUAGCGUUGACAAUAAGUAAUGGCAAAUGGUAGUGCAGCCGACGUUCUACAAAAGAUCAGCGAGCGUCAUCUAGAAUGCUCCAUCUGCUGCAACCUAUUCACUGAACCCAAAUUUCUCGACUGCUUGCAUACUUUUUGCUUGAAAUGUCUCCACAAUAUCAGUCAAAGUGAAGGCCCCCAAAUUCUAACACUUGAAUGUCCUCUGUGCAGACAUGAAACCACACUGGCAAACAAAAGGUUGGAGGAUCUGCCGACUAACAUCACCCUGAGUGCCCUAGUGGAGGAGUUUGCAAUUCAGGAACAGCUUCUACAAGGUCAAGGGUCAGAGAUCAAAUGUCAAAGUUGUGAUGAGCAAAAUCCGGCAGCUUUAUUCUGCAUGGACUGUGCUUAUUUCUUGUGUCAAGUCUGCCAAGAGGCUCAUGGCCGCUUGAAAAUAACAAAAUCUCACAAAACCUACACAGUGGCUCAGCUUCAAUCAGGAGAGAUUGCCUACAAGAGCAAAUUAAGAGAAGAACCAAAAUGUGACAAACAUCCCCAAAUGACUCUUAACAUUUAUUGCAGCACAUGUGAGCAGUUGAUGUGCACACUAUGUCCUUUUUGGAAACAUCGACAACAUUCUCAUGCUGACAUAUCUGAAGCUUUUGAAAAAUGCAAAGAAGAAAUUGCAGAACUGAUGGAAAAGUUUGAAAUGAAGAAAAAAAAGUUUAAUAAUACCAAGAAAGACACAGCCGAGUCCCGUAAGAAACUAGACACCCUGUUUGUAGCCACCAACAAGAAGAUCUCCCAAAAGGCUGACAAGGAAGUCGCUAGGAUCAGAGAGAUGGAGCAGAAACUGAAGCAAGAGGCCAAGGAGAUCUAUCAAGACAGAGUUAAGACACUGGAGACUGCUGAUGACGCCAACAAUACACAGCUGACAGUAGCAGAGCAGACAUUGGAUGAGAUGAACCAGCUCCUGGCUCAAGAAAUCAAGAGUGAGAUUUUGCAUCUCAAGCAAAAGUUCCUGCACUCCAUCAGAGAACUGACUAAACAACAGCCAUACGUCGUGCCUCAUAUGUUGUGCUUCAUUGACUUUCAACAGUAUGAAGAGACUGAGAAGUCACUUGGUAGGCUGAUUCUAGGAGAGAAAUCUACAAUACGUUUUGAGAAAGAAAGAAAACUGCACAUGAAUUAUGCAGUGGAAUCUGUCGCAGCUUUUUCCAACAAAGAAAUAGUCACAGUAAAAAAAGACUUAAAACAUCUAGUAACUUAUAUUCCAGAAAGCAACCCAAAAUCCCGCAAUUGGAUAAAUAAUCCAGAUAUCAAAGAUCCACGUCAGGUUGCGGUGAACAGAAUAGACCAACUCGUUAUACUAGAUGGUCCUGCAGUCAAGACCCUCGACAGAGUAUCCAUGGGCCGGUAUCAACUCCUCCAUCAGUUCCAGCCAGGAACUAAUUCAGACAGCAAACCAACCUGCCUGGCAGUGGAUGAUGACAAUCUGAUAGCUGUGGGCUACAAGGCCAAGGGAGAGAUCAGCCUCCACAACCCAGAUGGAACCCUCAUCAGGAGACUACCAGCACCAAUGAUUGAAGAUCACCUGGCCAUCAGUAGGAAGCAGUUAAUGUACACCAACUACGACAUGUGUACGCUGGUAUCCAAAAGUUACUCCGGUGACACUGAGUACGUAAAAGAUGUAGGCAGCCCAAGGAGUGUGUGCUGUGACAGUCAAGGCAACAUCUACGUUGCCAGCCAUCUACCCUAUUUGGCAGGUAGGGCAACCAUUAAAGCUUUCAGUCAUGACGGUAAAUUCCUCGGAUGUGCAAUCCAGGAAUGCAUGUAUCCAUACAGCAUGACCAUCACACCCAAAGGUGAUCUAGUGCUAGGUGGAUGGGAUUUGUUGGAGAUCUAUCAUCAUGUGUGACUGCCGGCAACGCUGCUGAACAUUGGAAUGACAGUAACAUGGGAUCAUCUCGAUGUUUACAUGUAAAAUGCAUGUUACUGAUUCCUUGCAGAUUUCCAGGAAAAACCGUGAACCUUGUUUUUAUCAAAAUACGACUUUGAACACCUGGUAAUUGCAUAGGAUGUAAAAAUUGGAAUAUUUGUUGUACCUGUACACGACUAAAAUUUGUAUCAAUUUGUUGGCAUUGGGCGGUACUAUUAGUCCAAAUUAAGACAGAAACUAGGCAAGUGGGGAGUUGUUAUAUUUAAUUUGAAGAAUUCCACUUCAACUUUCAAGCGAAUUUAUUUUAGACAACAUGUACACCAAGAAUAUGCAAUUUCUUCGACAGUUGUGAACGUUACAUGAGGCUCUUCCUAAGAUGAAAUCCAUGCUUUGAUAUGACAGUCGCACACUUUUAACGUCAAAUUGUUUUGCUCUGUAUAAGAACAAAAUUGUUAUGUUAGUAAUAAUGUGUUUUCAUACACAGCUUGUACAUGUACAUGUAUGAACAUUUUACCUUACACGUGCAUGUGAGUGCACUUUUGUGAAGAUAAAAAAGUAUGUGCAUUGUUCUUUUGUUACCCCAAAAUAUGACCUACAUGUACUAGUAAACCCUUUAUACAUGUAGGUUAAACCCAGGUGAACAGUUGUCUUACUGAAAAGAACAUGUGACUUGACUUCCUCGAUAAGAAAAUUUAAUAAUAUUUUUAUUCAUUUUGCAAUGUCUAAAUGCCUAAGUUUUUUUAAAAAGUGAUUAACUUCUGCCAGAUACAUGUAAGGAGUCUAAGACUGGACAUGUCCACUCGCACAACCUAUUUAAGUACAUUGCAUUUGCUUUAAUUUUAAAAAAAAUGACACAAUGGAUUUAUGGAUAAAUCUACAACAGUCUCAUUUUAAAUUUAACUUAGUUACAAUCUAUCCAAUCCCAGUCCUGUUUAUCAAUUUGUUUUUCAGUUUACGCUAAGAACAUUGUCCACUUGUACAAGAUACAUGUAUACAUGUACAUCUGACAACUGUUUCUCGGAUACAAGAUUAGGAUUGCAGAGGGAAAAGAUGAAUAGGUUUUCAUCAUUUUGCUCCAAUGAAUUCCCCAUUUUCUUUUCCCAUAAUGCAUUCCUUUUUAAUUAAUUUUGAUGCUCAUCACACUAGUUUUAUGUUUACUUUCUCAACUGGAAAUACAAAUCAUGCAAAAUUAAUUGAUCUCUACUUCUUCACAUUUGUUAAAGAAAUCAAGUCCAAGAAAGGGGAAAAAAUUCACUUCGUGGCCACCGAUUUCACUUUGACUUCAUGACAAUAGGCAGGGUUUAACUGACUGUGCAUGGAAGCUCAUUCAUAUUCAUGAAAGGUAAAUUAUGAAGAAUUGAAUCAUAUGAUCCACUGGCAGAUAGAGGAAAUCAACCUGGCUGCCAUCUUUGCUCAUACUGUUGUACUGCAAACUUUUAAUAAAAAUUUCCAAGGACAGUAACCUUAUCUCAACAGUCCACACAUAGCCAGGUUGGCUAAGUUCAUUUACAGAGGAAGCAGAUUUUUUAAUGUACACGUAGGAUUUGCUGAAGGCCACAUUUUUAAGAGCAAUUUUUUUCCAGCCUUAUCAUAUUUGCCAGAGUUAAGAAUUCAGUGAAACAAGGAACUUUGAAAGCUCUUAAACUUUUUGACCA